AUGUCCCAGACCUCCCGCACCUUCACCCUCAACACGGGUGCCAAGAUCCCCGCCAUUGGCCUGGGAACCUGGCAGUCCGGCACCAACCAGGUCAAGCUCGCCGUCGAGGCUGCCCUGAAGAACGGCUACCGCCACAUUGAUACCGCUUUCGCCUACCAGAACGAGAAGGAGGUCGGCGACGGCAUCAUUGCCUCGGGCGUCCCCCGCGAGGAGAUUUGGCUCACCACCAAGCUCGACAACCCCUGGCACAAGCGCGUCCCCGAGGCCAUUACAAAGUCCCUCGAGAACCUCCAGACCGACUACGUCGACCUCUACCUCAUGCACUGGCCCUCCAGCACCGACCCCGACGACCUCAAGAAGCACUACCCCGACUGGGACUACGUCGACACCUGGCGCGAGCUGCAGAAGCUCGUCGACACCGGCAAGGUCAAGAACAUUGGUGUCUCCAACUUUGGCCUCACCCACCUCGAGCGCCUCCUCAACGAUCCCUCCACCAAGAUCGUCCCCGCCGUCAACCAGAUCGAGCUUCACCCCUGCAACCCCUCCCCCAAGCUCCUCGACUACUGCAAGUCAAAGGGCAUCCACGCCACCGCCUACUCGUGCCUGGGCAGCACCGACUCCCCUCUUUACACCAACCAGACUCUCCUCGAGAUUGCAAAGUCCAAGGACCGCACUCCCCAGCAAGUCCUCCUUCAGUGGGGCUUGGCCAGAGACGUCAGCGUCAUCCCCAAGUCCGUCUCUGAGGGCCGCAUCAAGGCCAACUACGACCUCGACGGUUGGUCCCUCACCGAUGACGAGUUCAAGAAGAUCUCCGCCAUCCCCGACCGCUUCAAGGUCUGCGACGGCACCUUCCUUCCCGACGGUGUCAAGGUCUUCUUCGGCGAUGAUGAGUAA